AUUUAGUGAGCCCUUGAUUCCUGGUUUGUGCAGCACCUGCAUGCAGCCCGUGGCCCUGGGGUUCAGCUCAGCUCCAUCAUCUGAAACAUGAGGACCUGGUUGCUUCUGCUCGCCGGCGGGAUCUGCAUGGGAAAUGUGAACGCACAGGACACGUGCAGGCAGGGGCACCCUGGCGUCCCUGGGAAUCCCGGUCACAAUGGUUUGCCCGGGAGAGACGGACGAGACGGAGCAAAGGGCAACAAGGGAGAGGCAGGAGAACCGGGACAUCCUGGUGGUCCAGGGAAAGAUGGAAUGAAUGGAGAGAAAGGAGAACGAGGAGCAGACGGAAAAGUCGAAGCCAAAGGCAUCAAAGGCGAUCAAGGCUCCCAGGGACCCCCAGGAAAACACGGGCCCAAAGGAUUUGUUGGUCCCAUGGGAGAGAAAGGCCUCCAGGGGGAGACUGGCCCUCGAGGGCCAAAGGGGGAGAAAGGUGACGUGGGGCCCACUGGUCCUCAGGGGCUACAGGGCCACACUGGGCCUUCGGGGCCAACUGGUCUACCUGGCCCCACGGGCCCCGUCGGAAAGCCUGGCCCCAAGGGAGAUGCUGGGCCCCUCGGGCCCCAGGGGGAGCCGGGAGUCCGGGGGAUGAGAGGCUGGAAAGGGGACCGAGGCGAAAAAGGGAAAAUCGGCGAGACUCCCAUCUUGCCCAAAAGCGCUUUCACGGUGGGCCUCACGGUACUGAGCAAGUUUCCGGCUUCAGAUGCGCCCAUUAAAUUUGAUAAGAUCCUGUACAACGAAUUCAAUCACUACGAUGUAGCCACGGGGAAAUUCACUUGCCACGUGGCCGGGGUCUAUUACUUCACCUACCACAUCACUGUCUUCUCCAGGAACGUUCAGGUAGCUUUGGUCAAAAAUGGGGUAAAAAUCCUGCACACCAAGGACGGCUACAUGAGCUCGGAGGACCAGGCGUCCGGCGGCAUCGUGCUGCCCCUGAAGCUGGGGGACGAGGUGUGGAUGCAGGUGGCAGGAGGGGAGAGGUUUAACGGCUUGUUUGCGGAUGAGGACGAUGACACAACUUUCACGGGCUUCCUUCUGUUCAGCCAGUGACGGGGAGGCGGUUAGACUCUGCUCACCACCCAUCGGAGACGGCUUCGUGAAAAUGCUGUCCGAUGAUUCUACUCUACGAAGCACCCUCAUUACUGUAGUCAUCACAGAGCGGCACCCAAGUGCUCGUGUCGGGGCGCCCGGCUGGCUCAGCUGGGGGGGGGGCCUUGCAGCUCUCGAUCUCGGGGUUGUGAGUUCAAGCCCCGUGUUGGGUGUAGAGAUUACUUAAGAAUAAACUCUUCAAAAGAUGCCUGCAUCAUCUAUUAUAA